AUGGGCAGCGGGGGAUUCUCCCAGCUGUCCUCCGCGAAGCCCCGGGGCUUCAUCCCGAAAGUCAGAUCAAGACGUGAACGAUGGUCCACCAAACUAGCUCUAGAGUCGACUUCAACUUCGCCGGGUCCGGACUUCCAGAAGGAAUGCGAUAGCUUACCUUCUAAGCCGCUUCAUGACGUGGGAGCCCCUUCGCCUCCCCACGUGUCCGUCAUAGCAUCGGAAGACGGCAAGGCGGAUCCUCCCCCGCAGAAUGCAUCGACUGCAUCGCGGUCUACCUCCGACUUAGCUCAGGAGGGGCUUGGGUCGGAUAUAGAACUUUGGUCCGAUGCUCACGAGGUGACCCCUAUUUCCAACCCAACUACCAACGUGGCCUCCGGUUCCGACUUGUCUGCAGCUAGGCCGUCCGAGGCGGAACCGAACAGUGACAGUGACGCUAGCCCCCCCCCGGAAUGCCUGGAUUGCCAGCGUCAUGACGUGGACGUUUGGUAUUGCCAUGGAUGCAAAUCUUACUAUUGCGACGAUUGUUGGGAGAAGCAAACCCUCCAUUUCAGGAAGCGUAACCCAAGCGAACACGUCAAAGUAGACCCCGAACUAGAGGCUAAGAUUCGCGACGUCUUGGAGCCAAGCGGCGAUCAACGAGAGCUCCACCGGGAUGACGAGAAAUCGUCAUGGUUUGGCGUUCACCGGUUCCUAACCCCAGGAAAGGUACCUGCUCUUUUGGACUACGGCCGACUUGGGGACUUGAUCAGGCUCAACGCUCCAGAGGAUUGCAACGAAUACACAUGCAAGCGCGACGACAGAACUCCGAGCCUGGUAUCUUUUGUCGGCGAGACAGGGGCUGGAAAGAGCACGCUGAUCAGGUUUCUGAUCAUUUUCGGCAUCGCCCGCGGCGAGUCGCGCUCUGUCGAGGCACCCGUACCAGGCAAAAUGGACAGCGUAACGCCGACGUCCGAGGACGUCCACCUUUACGAGGACACACACAUGGCCAAAAGCGAGACGCCCAUUCUUUUUGCCGACUGCGAAGGCUUCGAGGGCGGCGUGCCACAAGCCACCCAAUCCAGGAUCGAGCGAUGGCGAACGUGGGGAGGUAGAGCCGCCAAGACCAUGUUCUCUGACGAGACGCCUUCCUCACGAGUUGUCUCGGAACGGCAACUGAUGUGGCUAAAGAAGCGCGAGACCGACGGCCCCAAGAUGGAGUUCAACGGCAAAGAAGUGAACUCGAGCCGCAAGUUCAUUGCCAAGGAGCUCUACCCAAGGCUCUUGUAUCCCUUCUCUGAUGCCAUCGUCUAUGUUCUCGGGGGUUCGACACACAGAACCUUCGAGAAAGCCCUCGAAGCCCUUAUCGAAUGGGCCGAUGCGGCCAUCUGCACAUCGUCAAACCAGACCCUGCUGCCUCAUGCCAUCCUCGUCCUCAACUCCUCCGAGGAUAUUGAGUCUCAGAUCUGGGAUGUUUCCGCCAACACGGAAAAGGUUUUUCGCGAGCUGGGUCGGCUCGACGGAAAGGCCCUUGCCAAAUAUGCCGACGCCUGGCGUCAGCGUGGGGAGGAGAAGCGUAUCGAAACUGUCAAGGACCUCGCUCUCUGUUACUACAGCUCCGUCCAGAUUAUACGAAUGCCGGGAAAUGCGAAACCGAUUCUCACUCAGACACAAGUCACCCAGCUGCGCUCUUCUAUUCUGAACGUCUGCGAGAAAGCUCGACAAGCCAGAAGGCAGGUUGGGAUGCUACUUGACGUUGAGGAGCUCCAGACAUAUUUUCAUGAUGCCUUCUCUCACUACGCCAGCGAUCUCUCUACGCCUUUCGAUUUCGUCCAAGCUUCCUUUAGGAACUCACCAAUCCCUGCUGGCUUCGGCGGUAGCGUUCAAAGGCUGGCCGUUAAUGUUCUAAAUUUUAAAAGGGAGAGGAGUACGGAGCGCGACAAAACUCCAGAAGCCGCAUUAUACGAAAUCAGCUACACGGUGGCUUCAUCCAUCAUGCUCGCCUCGGCUCGCAGUCGUCACAAGGGUGAUGCUGGCGAGUUAUUGGCAAGCUACGCCAAGUAUCUUGAUGUGGCCGUCCAGAUGGUCUUGGAUAAGCACUGGCCCUGCGAUUUUGAGUCGCCAAAAGGACGCUGUGUGAACACUAGGUUCGGACAUGCCAAGGGGCAUCAGUCGAAAGACGGUCGAGUUCUGGGUCUCGGUGACUACGAGACCAGCGUUGACGGGAAAGCCUUGAAGAAGGAUUUCAAGAGGGGUGUGCGCGCGCUUCUAUCACAGUUCCGCGUGCUCCUAAAUAACGAGGCGACUGCGCAUUUCCGGACCAGUCAAGGCACAAUUGCAAAUCCUCAAGGCCAUCUCGCGCUGGACCGGAGCAUCGCGGCGCGUAUCCACAAGAAGAGGAUCAUACCCAACUUCCUUACCAAGAUCGGGGCCUCGAACAUGCAGCAAGGAGGGCUCUGCAUCUUCAGCAGCCAGAAGGCAUGCCUCUAUUGCCUUUCCGGGGCCGCCGAGUACCCGAUUCCUUGUGGCCAUAUCCUGUGCAAGGACUGCCUAGAAGAGUCCGGCCGGUGGGAAGACACGGCCGUCGAAGUCGCCAAAUGCCCCGUCGGAUGCCCCGGCGGCUGGGAUCGCUGCAUGCUCUAUCUGAAACCGCCCUCCACGGGGCCUCGUGUGCUGUCCCUGGACGGUUCUCGUAGGGGCGGCAUUCGAGGGAUAGCCGAACUAGAGGUCCUCCGGCAAAUCCAAAAGUCACUCGGCGGCGAGAUUCCUAUCCGAUCUUUCUUCGAUCUCAUUGUCGGCACUAGUACGGGAGGCCUCAUCGCGCUCGGGCUGAGCUGCAUGGACUACACUGUCGAUGAAUGCAUCAAAAUGUUCGAGCAGCUCUGCGACGAGGCCUUCACCAAGGCACACUUGACCGGGCACAGUGGACCCCUGUCGGUCUUCGACAUGAUUCGGUCAUCUAGGUAUAAGACGAAGCCGCUGAAAACGGCACUUCAGCAGGCCUUCCCCAAAGACCUCUACCUGUUUGGUGGUAGCGCUACGAAAGCCGCCCCGAGUCGUCGCUGCGGGUCUCCCAUAAAGGUGGCCGUGACGGCCACUGAAGACGGAGACCGUAGUGGCACAACCAUAUUAUCGAAUUAUAAUCCCCCAGUCUUGAACGAUUCCAACAAGUUUGCCGGUUACUACUUCCAACGACCCGAAGGAAUCUCGGAAGAAGUCCAAGUCUGGGAGGCGGCGCGGGCGACAUCAGCGGCUCCUGGAUACUUCAAACCCUUUCGCCACGAAGCAUCUCGAAAAGUGUACCUUGAUGGUGCAAUCUUCCACAACAAUCCGAUCAGGAUUGCCGAUCGAGAGCUGCGGCUGCUAUGGCCCAAAUCCGAGGUGCCCGACAUUAUCCUUUCGCUCGGCACCGGAAUCGACGAAGACGACUUGGAGCGAAGGGACAAGGACGACGUGGAGCCGAGGAUUGGGAGCGCCCCCAGUAGUCUCGCCAAAAGCGCUUAUGUUGCCUGGGCGAUGAGGCCAUUCAACAACUUGAAACAGAGGUUCGACCUGCUCACUGCAAAUAUGCAGAAGACGUUGAAUUGUGAACAGAGCUGGACCGACUUUUUUGCAAGCUCCGUCAAGGAACACGACCGUUUCAAGUAUGUUCGACUGAAUCCUCGGCUCGCGGGUCCGCUGCCAGAACUCGAUGACAAGAAGAAAAUGAAGGAUUAUCGUGAGGAUGUGGAGGAUUGGGCGGCGAAGACGGCACGCAGUGACAUCGAGCGAGUUGCCCGCCAGUUGGUUGCGGCAUCAUUUUACUUUGAGACCACAAAACCGGGUAACCAUCUGGCUAACGAGAAAGUACACAUCGAAGGGGUGGUUCUCUCUCAGAUAACGUUCCCAGAAGACAUCGGAAAGCUGGGAAUGCACCUGAAAAAGGUCACGGAAGAGCUCAGGAUGUCGUCGAAAGGAGAAUCGCUUUCAUUCGUCACCGAAUUCGACAGUAUCUCCGAGACAGGCAAAGGGGAGGAGACGGCGUCCUCGGAAGAAAUCACAACAAAAGAUUUGGAGCGGAUGAUCAGCACCGAGACUCAAAGGUUCGAAAAGGUUCUCUCUUUUGACGUUAAACAACAGACCCAGAUGCGCAUCUACCUGGAGUUCGGUUCCAAGCAGGAAAGGCAUCUCAUCAGCGGAUUUCCUCGGUUGCCCAGCCAACUCGGUCGCCGGAGAGCCUCCAUCCACCCCUUGCCCGUGUCAAAUACGCCAUCUCGCAGAAGAAGCGACCUCUCUCUGCCCAAGAGCAAGAGCUCGAUCGACUGGGAAUACCCGGAGCUUGAGCGGUACCCCGAGUUGGAGUACCGAGACCUCGACCGCUCCCCGCCGGUCUCGCCGGUGUAAUUAGAGUUUGGUGGGUGCGACACUGUACGCUCGGGGGUCAUGAGCGUUUGGACAUUUGCUGAGGAUAUGGGAUGUGAUUCUAGGGGACCUGGGUGCGCAAGAAUACUUUCUGUGAGAGGGGGUGUAGGGUCUUAGAGUGAAGAACAACAUUGAAGGUUUCCUACCACAUCCAAACGUCCAACUAACAAACAUGCAUGGAUGUUACUAGAUGGUCACACAACGAGCAUUCGAAAACGCGGCCUUCUACAUUCUG